CCCUAGUCUCCUCAGCGACUCCGACAUGCUUAUUGUUAUUCCAUUCGUGGCCUUUGGCUCUGCAGCCUGCGUGACAGCGUGAGCCUGCGCUUAGUCUUCUUCUCUUCUCAGGCUCUGAGCUUUCCAUUCUUCUUCUCUGUAUAUGCAGGCUGGCUGUGUUAUUAAAACAAGAUGGAAAAUCCACCGAAUGUUGAGCUGGAAGCUGCGAAGUUUUUACAUAAGCUUAUUCAGGAGUCAACUGACGAGCCUACAAAAUUGGCCACAAAACUUUAUGUGAUUCUACAACACAUGAGAUCAAGUGGGAAGGAAAAUUCAAUGCCAUAUCAAGUGAUAUCUAGGGCUAUGGAGACUGUUGUCAAACAAAACAAUCUUGAUAUUGAAGCAUUAAUGACAUCACGACUUCCUUCAAAUACUGGAAAUCAGGCAGAAGACUCCUCACCAACCCAUGUGGCUGGCUCUGGUUCUUCACAAAGGGCUGAAACCACUAGGGAAUCUAAAGCUGUUUUAUCACCAGAUGUUUGUGGUUCUAGCAGGCCACCUUGCGGUCAAAUUAGCAGUGGCCAUGCAAUUUAUCAAGAAUCAUCAUCCAAUGUUACUGCUGUGAACACGCAUGGAGUGGUGCCCAAUGCACCUAUAUUAUCGCAUUCUCUAGAGUCUGGAAUUUCAAGCCCAUUGGAAUUUGGUAGUCCUUCAUAUGAUAACCAUGGGCUGGUGGCAAAGAUGCAUCAGGAUAGAAGCUCUGAAUCAUUUCCUGCACCCCCUUCUGCUGGUAGAUGUGCACCUGGAAGGCCAUUAGAGCAUGAAGUAGGAGCAAGUAUUUUUGCGAAUGUGAACAAUACCAAUCAGAGCAAUCCUUUGGAAACAAACAUGCUCAGAAGUGCGGCUAUCAGAGACACAGGAAAGUCACUGGUUGCAAACCCAUUUAAAGAGCAUCACUUAAAACAGCUUAGAGCACAGUGUCUUGUGUUUUUGGCUUUCAGAAAUGGUAUGAUGCCAAAGAAGAAUCAUCUUGAAUUUGCACUAGGAAUUCCCUCUCCUCAAGAAGAUGGAUCACAAAGGGAUCUGAUUGACCAAAAAGCAAGGGAACAGAACAAUGCUUCAGAAGCACCUAGACCUUUUUUAACUGGCAGAGAGGUUGAGAAACUUACUCCUGGUCCAUCAUCAUUGGUAAGUCCUAGUGAAGCAAACUUAUCGAAGGAAGCCGAAAACCAACACAUGACAGAUGAUAGAGGUCACCAGCUCUCACUUUCAUCUGAACAUGGAGAAGAUAGGAGGUAUUUGAGUAAGAUGAGAAUGGUUCCAGAGGGUGAAUCUGCAGUGCAUGAAGGAUCUGGAUCACAGGCAUCCAGAUCAUUACAUUCUGAAUCAAAUUCAUUCGGUGCAGCUGUUCUUGACGAUUCUUUUGCAAACUUUCCCCAAGUUGGAACGUCUAACCAAGCUUCACUUAUUCUGUAUGCGAGUAAGCUAAUGAAGCCUGAAUUGAAUAAUUGGACCGGACCAACAGGUCAAGCUGAGAUUUCUAGUGCGCCAGCACAUGCCCCUUCUGUACCUCAUGAGCCAGGAUCACUAAUUAAUGAUGUCUCACAUCAAUCUCAAAAGCCUAUCGAUUACAAUGCCCAUGGGAUUCGCCAAGCUGACAAUUCUUUGGCUAAUAUCUCUGCAAGGCAACAGUGGAAAUCUGUCUCCAUAGGGGAUAGUCAGUAUCCUAGUACCGCUGUGAAAUGUGUAUUGCCAGCUCCAGAAGUGGGUGACGAGGAUGAAGAUAGUUUUUUAUCCACAGACAGGCCACCAUCUCCAAGGUAUACAACUCUAGAAAAGUGGAUCCUGGAUCAGCAGAAAAGGAAACUUGUUUCUGGAGAAAAAAGGGCUCUGAAACAUCAGAAGACAGAAGAAAGAAUUUCUGCCCGUGCUGAAAAGUUGAAGGAAAGUGUGAUCUCCUUAGAUAUUUCCACUAAAACAAAGAGUGUGAUCGAAUUGAAAAAACUUCAAUUGCUGGAGCUACAACGUUGCCUGCGGAGGGAUAUUUUGAAGGACUUUUUCAAACCAAUAGCUGCAGACAUGGAUCGCUUAAAGUCAAUCAAGAAAACUAGAAUAGGAAGAAAGUCUAAGCAGUUUGAAAGGUAUGAGCAGAGAAUGAAGGAAGAACGUCAAAAGAGAAUCCGUGAGAGGCAGAAGGAAUUUUUCAGCGAGGUUGAAGUUCAUAGGGAAAAAAUGGAGGAUGUAUUCAAAACCAAGAAAGAACGCGGGAGGGGUUUCAAUAGGUAUGUCAAAGAGUUUCACAAAAGAAGGGAAAGGAUACAUCGUGAGAAGAUUGAAAGGAUCCAACGCGAGAAGAUAAAUCUUCUGAAAAUCAAUGAUGUUGAAGGGUACCUUAGAAUGGUUCAGGAUGCAAAAUCAGACCGUGUCAAACAAUUACUGAAGGAGACUGAAAAAUAUCUUCAAAAGCUUGGAACAAAGUUGAAAGAGGCUAAGGGAACUGCCAGGAGAUUUGAUAGUGAUAUGGGUGAGAAUGGGGACACUGAGGUGGUGGAGGAGGUUGAAUUUGCUUUUGAUGAAGGAGAUGAAACCGAUCAGGCUAAGCAUUAUUUGGAAAGCAACGAGAAAUAUUAUUUGAUGGCACACAGUGUUAAAGAGAACAUUACAAAGCAGCCAGCUACUCUUGUGAAAGGGAAAUUAAGAGAGUAUCAAAUGAAUGGGUUGCGGUGGCUAGUUUCGCUUUAUAAUAAUCAUCUCAAUGGGAUCUUAGCCGAUGAAAUGGGCUUAGGUAAAACAGUUCAGGUUAUUUCUUUACUCUGUUACUUGAUGGAAACAAAAAAUGAUCGCGGUCCCUUUUUGGUGGUGGUGCCGUCCUCUGUCCUACCAGGAUGGGAAUCAGAAAUAAACUUUUGGGCACCUAGCAUCAAUAAAAUAGUUUACUCGGGACCACCCGAAGACAGACGAAAGCUUUUUAAGGAAAGAAUUCUCCAUCUGAAAUUCAAUGUUUUAUUGACAACGUAUGAGUAUUUAAUGAAUAAGCAUGACAGACCAAAGCUAAGUAAAAUACAUUGGCAUUACAUUAUAAUUGAUGAAGGGCAUCGUAUAAAAAAUGCUUCGUGCAAAUUAAAUGCUGACUUAAAGCUCUACCGUAGUAACCACAGACUGCUUUUGACUGGAACACCUUUACAGAACAAUCUUGAGGAGCUAUGGGCACUUCUCAAUUUUCUUUUGCCAAAUAUUUUCAACUCUUCAGAAGAUUUCUCUCAGUGGUUCAACAAACCAUUUGAGAGCAAUGGCGACAACUCUCCUGAUGAAGCUUUACUCUCUGAGGAGGAGAACCUCUUAAUCAUAAAUCGCCUACACCAAGUUCUGCGUCCAUUUGUGCUCAGAAGAUUGAAACACAAGGUUGAGAAUGAAUUGCCUGAGAAGAUAGAAAGACUUGUUAGGUGCGAGGCUUCUGCAUAUCAAAAAUUGUUGAUGAGGAGGGUAGAAGACAAUCUUGGUGCAAUUGGAGCUUCAAAGGCUCGAUCUAUUCACAAUUCAGUGAUGGAGCUCCGCAACAUAUGCAAUCAUCCAUAUCUUAGUCAGCUUCAUGUAGACGAGGUUCAUGACUUCAUUCCAAAACAUUAUUUGCCUUCUGUGGUGAGACUAUGUGGGAAGCUUGAGGUCCUAGAUAGAUUACUGCCAAAGCUUAAGGCCACCGAACAUCGGAUCUUGCUGUUCUCAACAAUGACACGACUUCUUGAUGUGUUGGAGGAGUAUCUCUACUGGAAACAGUAUAAAUAUCUUCGCUUGGAUGGGCAUACAUCCGGGGGUGAUCGAGGAGGCCUGAUUGAAAAGUUCAAUGAUCCAAACUCUCCAUAUUUUAUAUUUUUGCUAAGUAUCCGGGCUGGGGGUGUUGGAGUGAAUCUUCAGGCUGCUGAUACAGUGAUAAUUUUUGACACAGAUUGGAAUCCACAGGUCGAUUUGCAAGCACAGGCAAGAGCUCAUAGGAUAGGGCAAAAGAAGGAUGUGCUUGUUCUUCGAUUAGAAACGGUGCAAACUGUUGAGGAACAAGUAAGAGCUGCUGCAGAGCACAAACUUGGUGUCGCUAAUCAGAGCAUUACUGCAGGUUUUUUUGACAAUAACACAAGUGCGGAGGAUAGAAGAGAAUAUCUGGAGUCCCUCCUGCGGGAAAGCAAGAAGGAAGAAGCUGCACCCGUGCUGGAUGAUGAUGCACUAAAUGAUCUUAUUGCACGCAGGUGAACAGUUGAUGCGAUAUGAACCCUCUCCCCCAAAAAUAAAUUUGGAGUACAACAACAAUAACAACCAAGUAGAAUCCCACAAAAGUUGGGUCUAUGG